CAACACCUCUCUAUCUGAAAACUUCUUACUCAACUAGAUAUUUAUAUAUUUCGAAAAAUGUCUUCAGAGGUCUCAGCCUCUCUUAUCACUUUCUUGACAUUCAACGUCCUCUUUUUCACCGUGACCAUGGCGAACUGUCCAGAAGACACUAGCAAGCUCUUCGGGUGCGUUGAUGUUUUCAAAAACGGGAUCGACUUUAAGAUUUUAGGCCCGACUUGCUGCUCUCUCUACCAGAGUUGUCUCUGCAACCAAACUGUCAUCAACAAUCUGAUGGAAAAGGUUGGCUCUCUCAGCACUUUUGAAGCUGUUUGUCUCAAGCAUAUCUCUUUUACACGCAAGUGCGAUUGAUACAUGUUCCGAUUUGUAAUAAGUUUAAUAUAUAGUUUGAUGAUUUUCUUUCUUUAAUUAUGAUAGGUUUGAAUUCUCCUAUAUUCCAAUUGUUGAUUUUUUUUUUUUUUUUUGAACUUUAUAUAUGAGGAAUUGCAUUGUAUAUCCUACAAUAAUUAUAAAUUACACAAUACCCAUAUGAAUCUGAUGGCUGCUACAUUUUU